AUGCAGAAAGACAGAUCAAUAUCGGACCGCAUCAUAAAACACCUAGCGGCUCAUCUGGAAUUCCUUGCCGUCAAAGCUCUACCAUGGCAAGACGAAGUCGAAGAGCAUUCAGAAGGCCGCUCUCAAACAAGCAAAGCCAACGACUCCACUAUACAAAGUGAGAACGACUCUCGAGUCCUAUCGUCAGAUGAUGCAACAGGUCUACAACUCUCCGAGGUCCCUUAUGGCAAUAGCUCACGCGAAAUAUCCACUAGAAGUGGAGACACAACGACACUUUCCGAAUCUUCCUAUGAGGAAGACUGGGGAUUCAUCGAAAAGAAACCUUACUUUGGACAUGAUCGAGAUGAGACCCUGCAACCUCUUCUACAGCGUCUCUUUCUUGAACAUUCUACAACCGACCCAUUUUCUGGACCAUUACUUCCCGCUUAUCAGGUACCUGUGACUCCUUAUACAAAUUUCUACGGCCGAAAUUAUGCGCUGAAUGAUAUGGAUAAGGCCUUAUGUAUGGCUAUCGAUGACGAAUCGACGGACAAUAAGCCCAUAAGCUGGCCAAGAUGCUAUACCUUGUAUGGUCCUGGAGGUAUAGGGAAAACACAGAUCGCAGCAAGUUUUGCGUCCAAGCAUAGAAGUAAAUUCGAUGCUGUUCUAUGGGUUCAAGCAGACGACGUUGGGAAGAUUGCGCAAGACUACAGGGAUUUGGCUAUCGGCUUAGGCUUAGUAGAAGCUAAUUCUCGAAAUGCGAUGGACCUGGAUUAUACGAAGGACGUAUUGAAGCGAUGGCUCAUUAAUCCCCAGAAAAACAGUUCUUGCGAAGGCGAGAAGAGUGUGGAGCUGGCUUCUUGGCUGCUGGUGUUCGAUGGUGUGGAGAAUGGCGAUGUUUUGAAUGGAUUCUGGCCAUACAAUGGGCCAGGUUCUGUGCUCAUCACUAGCCGCAACCCGUACUCAUGGUCAGCAUCGCUAGAGCUGCAGCCCUUCAGCCUAUCUGAAGCCACGAACUAUUUGUUCCGCGUGACCGGGCAGGAACCAACUCCCGGUCCCGAAAUGGCAGCUGCAACUACAAUCGCCAAUCGUUUAGGCGGUCUACCGCUAGCCCUGAGCCAAAUGGGUUCCAUAGUCGCCUCUAAGGACAUCUCAUUCACGAAUUUCCUCUACUCUUUCGAGGAGAGUGAGGGCUCACAGGCCUUCUUCGACUGGCAAAGUCCGGACAAGUUGCGCUCUUCCAGUAACUAUCAAUUUAACGUCGCGUCAGUGUGGGGUUUCGACCGGCUUGGGAUAGGUUCAACACUUAUCAACAUCGUUUCUAUGCUUGAUCCUGAUUCAAUACCAGAAUCAAUCUUCAAUUCGCCAGUAGACGAAGACGACUCUGCGUUGGUGAAGUUUGUUAAAACCAACUACGUUGCCGCGCGCACGGAGUUGCUCGCGCGAUCUUUAAUUACUGGCAACAAGGGCAAGCGAACGUUGUCAGUACAUAGGCUUGUGCAAGAUGUAGCAAGAACCAGAUUACGCCAGUCUGAGAUGAGGAGUCACUUCCUAGCUUGUGUGGAGUUGAUCAACGACAGAUGGACUUUUCAAGAGCUCACCUGGAGACAUGGUAAUGCCCGAUGGGAAACUUGUGAGGAGCUGUUGCCCCACGUCCAGCGCCUCAAAACCAUUUAUCCAUCAAUCAAAUCAUAUCCAGACUCAUUUGACGACUACGAGUUCGCCAGGCUACUCAUAGAUAGUGGCUGGUACCAGCACGAACGUGGCCAAUCUCUCGAUGCGAUCUACCCCAACAACAUGGCUCAGUCAAUAUGCGAAACCCUUAAACUUCGCUUAAUGGAGCAUCCUGAACUUGCACAGAACAAUUCUGUGACACUCUCAAAGCUAGAUUAUUCGCUUCUCGAGAUAGCACACAACAGAGGAUGUAUAGCUCUCGAGAUCAACGAGCCAAGUGAUGCGAUGCAGUAUCUCACGAUGUUCAAUGAAGAGAUAGUCAAGGAGAGCUUGAAGAACAAUACUGAGGAUAUGCGUCUCGCUAUCUCUUGGAAUGAGCUGGGAAAUGCGCACAUGCUCAAUCGUAAUUGGAAGAAGGGAGAAGAAUACUUCCUUAAGUGCAUUGAGGAGAUGCGCAAAUACCGCUAUUUUAGGGAGACCAUGACCUCGCUACCUCUGGCUAACCUGGGUCUGGCGUACUGGCUACAAGGAAACAAUAAGCUAGCUUCGAGCACACUCAAAAAGGGACUUCAAGAUCGCGAAGAUGAGUUUGGCAGAGAAGACCGAGUGUCCUUCAUCACAGGCCGCUUCUUUCACGCCUUGGGAAACGUCGAAUGCAGUCUAGACUACCAUCGCCGCGCACUCAUGCAUUACAGGUUGACCCUUGGAAACCGUCAUCAUCGUACUGCGGAUGUCUUCGUGAAAGUUGCAGAGCACCACAUUAAAUUUGGAAAUUACGACAUGGCACUCGCUCUCCUCAAUCAUGCUCUUGGCGCAUUUUCCAUCUCCCACGCCUACAUCCCAGAGAAAGUGCGAGCGUGCUGGAUGCGAUCCAAAGCGUUGAGUGCGCUUGCGAAGACACAGGAAGCAGAAAGCGAACUAGCAAAUUGCUAUCAGGUCUACGUCAGAUUACGAAGUAAGCGUGAAGGUGAUGGACCGAAGAUCAAAGACGGCCCGAGCGAGCUUGAGGAUGAGGACAUCGAUGAUCUAAUAGUGUUCUGGUCCAAGUGA